AUCAGUCAAAUUUAAGGAGGAAAAGUAAUUUGAAUAAGCCGAUGCAAAUGCUCCCGUGAAUCCCGAAAGUGAGAAAAUGGAGAAUAUUUCACAACCGCCAGUACCGCUGGCAGAUGCAGCGGCCGUGCACCCGGGAAUAGAACCGAUAUCGUUCCUGCUGGGGACAUGGAAAGGCCAAGGAGAGGGUGGCUUUCCCACCAUCAAUUCUUUCUCCUACGGCGAAGAACUCCGUUUCACCCACCAUUCUUCCAGGCCAGUCAUAGCUUACACCCAGAAGACUUGGAAACUCAACUCCGGGGAGCCUAUGCACGCGGAGAGCGGAUUCUGGCGCCCCAAACCCGACGGUUCCAUCGAAGUUGUCAUUGCGCAAAGCACUGGUCUUGCUGAAGUCCUGAAAGGGACAUACAACACAGAAGAGAAAGUCAUAAAGCUUCAAAGUGAACUUGUGGGCAAUGCCUCUAAGGUGAAAGAGAUAACCCGAGUUUUUCGGUUGAUUGGUGGAGAUCUAUCUUAUGAGGUUGGGAUGGCUACAAAUUCUACCAGUCUUACACCACAUCUGAGAGCCUCACUCAAGAAAUUAUGACCCAGUGGUGUUAAGAAAAGCAAGGUGAAUAAAAUCAGCAUCAAAAUCGAAUCCUAUUUGACAAGCUCCACAGUUGUUUGAUGCAGCUACAUCUUUCUUAAACUGACACUGAUGGAUUCGUGCUUAGCUGGUAGUUCGGGUAGGAGCUUUUAACUUCUAUGAACCCAGUCUUUAACAGAAUCCGAUCUUGUAAUUCACAAUGUAUAUCUUUCUAUAAGUGGUUCCUUGUUUGUACCAAGACUUUCCAUAAAUUAUUUCAUAUAGCUUUGAACA